CGUAGACAAUCAUAGCCUUCUCCGAAACGGAGCUGAAUCGUUUUGACACCCCAACAACGGGAGGAGAACGCCGCUCUCGCAAGAAAAGGGGGAGCCCACUGAACUGACAGCUGAAGCUGCAGAGACCCCAAUUCCAAGAUCUCCGUCGAUCGCCCUUUCAAUUCUCUGAGUACAUUGCUGUCAAGAACUGGGGGGUCCAUGAAACAGUCGAACCCAAUUGCAGAGCCAGUAGGGCAGAAUCUGAUAAAGCUCAUCAGCAAUCUGUGCUUCUCCGUGUUUGUGUUCGGCGUGCUCAUAUUUACUGUGAUUGCCAUCACAUACAAGUCCCCAGAUCCAUGGCUCGAGUCUGCUCCCGCCAUGACCAAGUUCUUCACCCAGAGCGAGAACGCCACUUUCAAGAACGACAACUCCAUCCUCAGGACGGGGGAGGAUCUGCAGCUCUCUCAAAUCGCUCCUGCUUCCGCGAUCACGGAGUCGUCGAUCGAGAAAGUCGAGGAGAAGAUUGCGAGCUCGCUGGAGCUUGAAUCGGGCUGCAGGGAGAUGACCACGAGCCCAGUUAAUUGCUCGGACCCGCGGGUCCUUGUCGCUGUCGAGAAGUUCAAUCUUCGGGCUUUUAAGUCCAUCGCCUUCUUGGAGUAUCAAACUCCAGUUAGCGGGUCGAGACCCGAUGAGUGUGACGUGGCGUGGAGGUUCAGGAACAAGAAGGAGAAGUCUUGGAGGAAGUAUAGAGACUUUAGGAGGUUCAAGAUUGGGAUAGGAGAGAAUUGUACGUUUAAAGUAGUUCAUCCAGGAGGCUGGCAUUCAGGUAUUAAUGCUCGGAGGCCUAAGAAUCGGUAUAGCGCGACAACUGGCGGUGCUACUCCGAAAAUCUCAGCUCCGAUUCGUGAUGAUGAGAUCAAUGACACAAUACCGAGUUUAGGGUCUGAUGUGAAUUUUAGAAAAGGGAGGUACUUGUACUAUUCGCGAGGAGGGGAUUACUGCAAGGGAGUAAAUCAUUAUCUGUGGAGUAUCUUGUGCGGGUUAGGGGAAGCAAGGUACUUAAACCGGACGUUCGUGUUGGAUUUAAGUAUGUGUCUGUCAGCGACUUACAGUUCGACUAAUAAGGACGAGGAGGGGAAGGAUUUUCGGUUCUAUUUUGACUUUGAGCAUCUUAAGGAGGUGGCUUCAAUUGUGGAGGAAGGCGAGUUUAUUCGGGACUGGAAGAAAUGGAACCGGGCCCACAAAAAGAAGGUUCCUGUUCAGAAAGUUCCGACCUAUAAGGUUAGUCCGAUGCAACUUAAGAGAGAUAAAAGCACCAUCAUAUGGAGGCAGUUCGAUGCUCCUGAACCAGAGAAUUAUUGGUAUCGAGUCUGUGAAGGGCAAGCUGAAAGGUACAUUCAGAGGCCAUGGCAUGCUCUAUGGAAAUCAAAGAGGCUAAUGAACAUAGUCUCAGAAAUUAGCGGGCGAAUGGAUUGGGACUUUGAUGCAGUUCAUGUGGUUCGAGGCGAGAAGGCCCAGAACAAGGAGCUGUGGCCCAACCUAGACUCUGAUACCUCUCCCGAUUCGCUCGUUGCAAAGCUCAAGGGGAUGAUUCAGCCCGGGAGGAACCUCUAUGUUGCGACAAACGAGCCUUUCUACAACUACUUUGACAAGUUGAGGUCAUACUAUAAGGUCCAUCUGCUUGAGGACUACAAGGAGCUCUGGGGGAACACGAGCGAGUGGUACAACGAGACAAGGUUGCUGAAUGAUGGGAAACCAGUGGAGUUUGAUGGGUUCAUGAGAGUCGCCGUGGAUACUGAGGUUCUAUACAGAGCAAAGGUCCGCGUGGAGACAUUCAACAACUUAACGAGAGAUUGCAAGGAUGGAAUUAAUACCUGCUGAACAGGUCGGAGGCUUCUUUUUGGUGGUUUUUCUGUUUACUGAUUCACAUCUCUUGUAUGUUACUGUAUACUUGUCCCCUUUUUUGAAAUAGAUGAGUCGAGAUUAUUACAUGAUUCUUGUUGUAUAUGCACGUUACCCAUGAUAUCAGUUAUUCAGGAUAUAUUCACAUGCCAAUACUGCCUUUGCUUUGAA